UUCAAUAUAUAAGCAUAAAAUGGAUUCAAUAAAGAGCAAUGAGGAUGUUUCAAAUGUUGAUGUGAUUAGUGCAAAGGAUCUGCUCUCUUCGGGUCACACUUAUUUAGAUGUGAGGACAGUUGAAGAGUAUAAUAGAGGACAUAUUGAUAAAGCCAUAAAUAUUCCAUACAUGUUUCUCAAUGAACAAGGAAGGGUGAAAAAUCCAGAUUUUCUUGAGCAAGUCUCUGCAGUGUGCCAAAAGGAGGAUCAUCUGAUUGUGGGAUGUAACAGUGGAGGGAGAGGACUUCGAGCAUGUGUCGAUCUCCUUAAUGCGGGGUACAAGGAUGUAAGAAACUUGGAAGGAGGAUACUCAGCAUGGGUGGAUAAUGAGUUUAAAGGAGAUGAAUCUGCUCAACAGUUCAAAACUGCCUGCAAAUUUCGUCCAUGAGCCAAACAUGCAUUCACAAGAAUUAUUUUCUAUGUUUUUUUACAUGUAAUGGGAAAAAAAAAAAAUUGGAUUUCAAAUAAUCAUGUAAAAUUUAUGUUACAUUUUGAUUUCUAAGUUAUUGUGUGUGGAUGAUUUUCUCGAGACAUGUCUAGUAUUUUUACUUUUAUUGAAAUUUA